CUGCAGUUAUAUAAGGCACAUCGUCCGUAAUCCAAUCGAAUAGUUCUUGGGAAUACUGAACGAUCAACAUGUUACUCUACACACUUAUAGUAUUCAGUGCUGCAGUGCUUGGAUUAUCUUCAGCCAACAAACAUACGCUUUCUAUAACCAGCUGCAAACGAGAUUCAGAUGAUUAUUCCGCUUGUUUAAAACGUGCUUUUCAAGAAGCAUGGCCACGAUUUGUUACUGGGAUACCAGAAUUCGACUUUCCAUCUUUGGAUCCAUUAUAUUACAAAUAUGGCAAAGCUGUAUAUAAUUCAGGCCUAAUACAUGCAGACGUUAUUGUGUCAAAUGUCACUGUUUCUGGUUUAUCGAAGAAUCAUAUUUUUGAUAUUAGAACACAUUUUCUUAAUGAUACUUUUAGUUUGGAAAUAGACGGAGCAGUACCAAAAAUGUUCCUACAAGGUACUGUGAAUAUAGAUGGUACUCUAGGAGAUAUAUUCAGAGUUGUUGGUAAAGGUCCUUUUAAUCUAACUAUUGAAGAUGCGAAAGGAACAUGGGAGUUAACAGGGCAUGUAGUAAACGACACAUGGAUUGUAGAACACUUUCGUACAUUACCAUCAGUUAAAAAGCUUCAGCUAUAUUUUGAUUUUUUUCCAAACAACAAAGAAUUUAAUGAUCUUAUCGUAACUUUUGCAAACGAAUACUGGCCCUCAUUAUUUCGAGUGAUGUUGCCAAUAUCGUCUAUUGUAUGGGAUCCAUGGUUAACUGGUAUUGCUAAUAAGUUAUUUUCGAAAGUUUCCUUCUCAGAAGUAUUUCUAUAAAAUUUAUACAAUAAUUACACAUAAAUAUGUAAAAUUACUACCAACUUCAAUGUGACAAUUAUUUAUGGCAAAAUUACGGAUAACUCAAGGGGCAUAGAAGGUGUGUCAUAACUAGUUCGACUAGUACUAGUCUUCAAUUGUAUCAGCCGUCGUAGUCAUAUCUUAAAAUCAAUCGAACAUUUUACAUGGACACAACUUCAAGAUUUUGCAGAUCAUUCCAAAAGUGCUCUCGAGGGAUAACUUUUGCGGCCCACGAUUGUCCCUAGUUCUACUCCAAUCUAUAUACUCUUAUAUACAACAAGUUGUGAAUCAAACCGUAAAUACUUAUUAUUAUGUGGAAGACUACACGUUUGAAUUUACAGCGAGAGACAUGCAAUAGAAAUUCGGACCAAUCCAUGACCGAUCCCGUAACACACUUUCCCCAUUUUUGUCUACCAUCCCGAUCUUUGACAGUUCCUAGAAUUCGGAGAAUCUUUUCGAAGAACCUUUUUCCUCAUAAUACCUCUCUCUCUGUCUGCGAAGAUGACUUUUAUGAGGAUCCUGCUUCUUCUCUUUCAUCUAGAAUAAACGAAAUUCCAAUACACUUUCUACCUUCUGCCUGUCUUUCUAAUCACGAUUGUGAUGAGAUCCUCCCUGAUUCUUCCGCUUUUCUUCAAACGAUUUUCCCUCUUUCUUCCAAAUGUUUCUUUGUUGGCCCUGGUCUAGUAGAUUUAGUACAGCUUAAGACAUUUAUUUUUUGUUUCUCUGCUAAUUAAGCGACUUUUAUGUAUUUGCUUCAAACCUUCUUGUUCUUCUUGAUUCUGGCAAACCAUUUUUACCUUUUAUUUCCCACUUCUACCAUUACAAACGAGAAAUUAGACUAACUUUUGGUAUGUAAGAUUCGUUAUCUAUCAUGACACAAUUAAAUAGUUAUACUUAAAUAUAUACUUAUUGAUUAAUAAACAAUUUUGCAAUUAUAAUA